ACUCAUACACUUCGCUAGAGAUAAUGCAGCGAUCCACGGCAAUGCUACUUCCUGACACAUGCAGAAUCUGCAUGACUGACGGCUGACACAUUGCACAUCAACAAUGAUGCAGCGUAACAGUGCUGGUCACCAAUCGCCGGCCAAACGAGCGAAGAUACGAGGCCUAUAAGGUACAAGAUACGACGUAUCGUCUCGCGGUAACCCGGGUCUUCACACAAUUCUCUCAACCAGCACCCUGUUUACGAUCUUUGUCUAUAGUAACCAAGCACGAUGCGAAGCUUCCAUCCGUCUUCACUGUGGCUGCCAACAGUGGGCUUGGCGCUCACAUCUUCCGCAAGCCCAGCAUGUUUGGCUGGGUCGGCUUCUGCUACGCCUCUCCCGACCGCACUGCCAGCGACUACGUCGUACAACUACUUGAUGCCCGCGCUCUACCUCAACCUUACUGUCCAGACUGUGAUCAAUCUCGGCAACCUCACCACCGGCGGCCAGCAGCUCCUCGGCAACAUCGUUGACGGCCACCUCUACUCCGAACCCGGCUUCGUUCCAAAUUUCUCCGCCAGCAUCAAGUACGCCGAGGACUACCUUACCGCAGACCCGCUGGACGGCGUGGCUCAUCCCGCGUGCAUCAUGACUGUCUUUCCAGACAACGGCGACACCCCUUUCUUGAUGAAGAUUGGCGGCAUACAGUACCCCAACCCGUCCCUGGACGGAAUAUUCUCAUCAAACACCUCGAACACAGAAGCUAUUCCAUAUGGCUAUGUCUACUCUGUAUGGACUCCGACUUUCUUCGGAGGCGCCGACAAUUACACCAACCUUCAGAAUAGCGUCUUCGUUGGCUCCGAGACAAUCAGCGGCAGCGGUCAACCCGGCACGUUCGUUGUUGGCAUGAAGUUCAGCAAAGUGUUCAACGUGAACACCAGCAUCACCAUCGGGCACGAGUUCCCGUAAGAUUUCGGUAAAGCGUCAGUGGCGUCAAGCAGGACAAAAGAGAAGCGUUAGGUCCCAGCUCCGGUUUGAACGCAGGAUCACUCGCAGUCAAGUCAAGACGUCACCCUAAGCGAGUAUGUUACCACUACACCCUACAACAACACCGCAACUACCUCUGUUCAUCAGAUAGAGCCAAAUCGAGACACUUACACAGGAGCUGAUUGAGCGAUUGCGAAGCCUCGCAACGUGUAUAUACUAUACUGCGAUUGAAGCGCGGUUUAGCCGACAAGCAG